AUGGCCUUUGAUGCGAAAGGGGGUUGGGGGCGGGGCACCCCUGCGUUGCUUCUCAUGCCGCUGGGGGUUUGGAUCUGGGCUGGCUGGAACCCCAUUGUGGGCUACAACCUGGCCGUCGGGAGGGGUGGCCCGAGCGAAGCGUACCGCAAAGAAGCCAGCCCAACCCCUUGCGCUCCGUUGAUUGUCUCGCCCCGCCGAAGCCCAAGCUCCCGCGGGAACUCUUUGUUCGUUUCCGCUUCUCCUCGCUUCCCCGUUUCCCGAUUGCCUUUGACACGCCUGGCCGCGGAUGCCUCCCAACAGGAGGAGCCCAGGCACGAGUUUAAGAAAUGGGCCGAGGAGCACGGCAGGAGCUACACAGAGGGCACAGAGGUGGGGUCGGGAUCAGGCAGCCGGGCCCUUGGGCUCAUGCCCGUGGCGGCGGGAACGCUCUGGGAGGGCCGUGUUGAGUAUGAGAGGCGCUUCAAGAACUGGCUGUAUAACAUGGAAUACAUCGUGGACUACAAUGAGCGGCACACGUCCCAUUGGUUGAUGCUGAAUGAGAUGGGUGACCAUACAAUCGAAGAGUACCGGGGAAGGCUCGGAAGCCGGUUUUCUUCGAACAGGACGUUGGAUGUGGAGCCCUGGCUGUACGAAGAAUAUGAUCUACCCAACAAUGUCGACUGGAGGAAGGAAGGCGCCGUGACGCAUGUGAAAGACCAGGGAGAUUGCGGCAGCUGCUGGGCCUUCUCUGCUGUAGGCGCCAUCGAGGGGAUCAACUACCUCUACACAGGGUCGCUCUACUCCCUCAGCGAGCAGGAACUGGUGGACUGCGUCAAGAGGGACUACGGUUGCGAUGGGGGCGAGAUGGAUGACGCGUUCAGAUUUGCGCAGCACCAUGGGCUGACUUUAGAGAAGGACUACAAAUACGUUGGGGAGGACGAGCCCUGCAACCACCAGAAGGAGAAGCUGUACUACGCCACCAUCGACGGGCACCAUGAUGUGCCACAGACGGAGCAUGCCUUGAAAAAGGCUGUCGCGCUGCAUGGCCCUGUCAGCGUGGGCAUCGACGCCUCGAGCAUGGCCUUCAUGUUCUACGCUGGUGGCAUCUUCGACGAGCCCUGCGGGGACUACCUGGACCAUGGGGUCCUGCUGGUAGGCUACCACGCCCCCAAAGACUGGGAGGGCUACUGGAUCAUCAAGAACUCGUGGGGCAAACAGUGGGGCGAGCACGGCUACAUCCGCUUCAGGAUGGGCAUGGAUGGUGGCCUUGGAGAGUGUGGCAUCGCGCUGCAGGCGUCCUACCCAAAGAAGAAGUAUGAGGAAGCAGAGGUGAGCGGAUGGCCACGGGCAGCAGGGGGUAGCUUCGCUGAGGUGUAA